UAUAGCCAAUACAUCCUUAAGAUCGUAAUUAUGAUAUAUACGCGGCACAUGCGCAGGAAUCUUCGAACGAGAGCCCAAAGUAAAUCGAAAGGCCUAUAAACUACAAACUUCGGCAAUAAUAUAAUACUAAUUAUAUUCCUGUGAGACUAAACUCUUGAAAGUCUCUUGAAAUCGCAGCAAAAGUGGUAGCCGAAUUUCGUUCAUAAGUUUAUUGUUUUAACAUAUGUGGAGUAAUUUCUGUUGAUCAGGGAGAUAUCAGAUCCCUUCCUACUUUGCCAUCAAAUAGAAAUUUACGUUUGGGAGAUUAUAAAUUGGGUAAUGUUAACAGAAAUCAUCAGUACGUCGACGAAUCCAUGAGAUACUCGAGUAGCUGAAUUUAAAUCAGUUUCCGCGGACGGAUAUUUAUUCUUGAACACGAGAAAUGACCACAGCGCCGAGCGCAAGUGCCAGCAAACCGUAAGCGUUUUAAUACUUGAUCACGCGUUUCUCUAAACGGAUCGUAAUCCCUGUCCGUAUUCUAAGUAUGAUAUCGUGCAAUACGUAUACCCAACGCACACGCUGGUUACGCAACAAUGAUCGCAGUGUCUUCAACCGGCCGGUCAAUUAUGACUUGCACGUUACGCUAAACAUAUUUAGUCGCGAGUACACAUUCGGUUAUCUACAAGUAAUAUCUCUGAUACUUCAAUCGUUCAAUGUUACCUGAUUUAUAAUGUUUGAUACUCGUUAUUUUAUAUCCUAGUUAUAAAUAUGUUCAACGGUCCUGGUAUCGAAUUUGCUAUCGGCGGAUUGGCAGCUGUGGGAGCUGGAUUUUUCACAAAUCCGAUUGACGUGGUGAAAGUUCGCUUACAAUUACAAGGUGAGCUCGAAGCGAAGCACUCGUACAAAAAGAUAUAUAAAAACACCCUCCACGCGGCCUACUUAAUUGCCAAGCAUGAGGGAGUACUCUCGUUGCAAGCCGGCAUCGUACCGGCCCUGUACUUUCAACUGGUGCUCAAUGGAAUACGUUUGGGUGUCUACAAUACAGCGAAGAAGUACGAGCUUAUUACUAACGUCAAAGGAGAUACCGAUAUCCUGAAGACUAUCGCGGUGACCGGUACAGCCGGUUGCAUUGGAGCUGUUUUAGCCAGUCCCUUUUACAUGGUAAAAACGCAACUGCAAGCACAGUCGGCGCAGUCUAUAGCUGUUGGCCAUCAGCACAAUUAUUCUGGUACCUGGUACGCAUUCAAGUCUUUAUGGAAGGAAGGUGGUGUAGUCGCUUUGUAUCGCGGAUGGUACGCUAACAUACCGCGGCUUUUCGUCGGAUCCGCGACACAGUUGACUACCUUCGGUAUAGCUUCAGAUUGGUUACGCUCGUUAGAAAUAUGCACGAAUCAACCUAUAUUACUGACAUUUUUGGCUUCCGCGAUGGGCGGAAGUUGCGUGGCGUUCACCAUGCAACCGUUCGACGUUCUGGCCACGAGGCUGUAUAAUCAACGAACGGACGCGGCCGGAAAAGGUACAUUGUACAACGGGCUUUUAGACGCGUUGAUUAAAAUAUUCCGGACAGAAGGACUGACCGGUUUUUACAAAGGGAUUUUCCCUACGUGGAUGAGAAUAGCACCGCAUACUGUAUUGUGUUUAACAUUCUAUGAAAAGUUAGAUGAAUUGUACAAUACAGUACAAAAUAAACGGAGUUGAUGGGA